AUGUUGCUGCCCUCAAUCUGCCAAUUACUUAAUUUGAUUCGGGUACCAGGAGUUUAUUCUCAAGAAUCGUGUGAAGUGGGGGUUUCUUGGGAUGGAGCCGGAAUAUUUAAUAGAUUAUCAGCUAUUUCAAAGUAUGUCGAGUACUCGAGCUCCGUUAGUCAGGCCGUGUCAUAUCUUGAAGCAGUAUCAAUUUGUCAAGAGAACGGAUUAGAUAUAGCCGAAGUCAACAGUAUGGUUGAUUUCAUGUCUUUAAAGUCUUUUAUUCAAGAGGGGCAGUCAUACUGGAUUGGAAUGAACGAUCUUGACCAAGACGGAAUUUGGAAAGAUUCGAAUGGCCGAAUCUCAAAAUUUCAAGUCUUCGGCAUUGGAGAUCCUGAUGAUGAAUUAUCCGACUGUGUAUUGCUGCGCAGGGCACAUGGAGAGCUCAGAAUGUUUGACGAAAUGUGCAACGUCGGAGCCAACUUUCUUUGUCAAUAUCCGGAAGGGUCGUAUUGUGACAUUCAAAGUUUUCAGCAUUCAGCAGAGCAUGUCAUUGGCGGAAGAGAGGAUUUGAUACCGCUCGGAGAGAGUCCCAAUCUGUUUGUCAGCACGGUCCAGAAACCAUUUCAGCACGCAAUUUUAUCGUGUAUUCAAGCAAAGAAAGUGCCUUUAUAUUUCAACGACUCUGACACCACUAAGGAUGUUACAGAAAAUAUAAAAUCGCACCUUCUCUCUUUUGACCUCGACGAGGAGACUCAAUUUUGGACUUCUGGAAAGUUAGAACGCGACGCCACUGGGGGCUUCAAUGGAAUCGUGUACUGGGAUGUUUUAGAAACAAGUUAUGAUCUGUACCACAAUCCACUUAAAAUUCCCUACGACUGGGCCCCCACUGAACCCAAUGAUCGAGGUGGAGGUUAUGAAAUGGGGUGUGUAGAUAUCUCCUAUCCAUCAGAAGGAAGUACCCCUGUACUGCAAGCAUCCAACUGUGAGAUUCCCAAAUUUUAUAUUUGUAUGGACUCGAAACUCGUCAUUUCAAAGUUGGACUUUCAGGCGAGACUCAAGCGAAUUGCAAAUGAAGACGAAGGCCUUCGAAAAUCGCUGGUUGUCAACAAUCUGCCAUUAACUAAUCACAGUGGAAGUUCAAAGAAAAGUUGCCCCCCAGAACCAAUUAAAAAUAUUGACCCCAUAAAACUGAACCAUUCUGCUCUUCUUGAGUUGCCACAAACUUUGGAUUUGAUGAUGUUCAUCUUGAAAAAUAAUAUAAAAAACGGGCGGACCAAAAUUAAAGUCAAGCACAGCAUUGUGUGGAAGCGAGAUUUUAUUGACACAAUUUUUGAAAUUUUCAAGACGGCCGUAGACCAUCACUUUGUUCCUCAUGAAAUGCUCCACAUUGCGCGUGAAAUAAACAUUUUGUAUCAAAACUCUUAUGACGGACCAGACAAUUCGAACCACACAAAAAAUUGGGAAAUAAUUCUCGGAGUGCUAGAUGGUUGUUUAGAGUCACUUGAACCCUACAACUUUGCAACGAUAGGAUUCAGACUCAAAUAUCUCAUGACGGUGGAUCAUAAGUUUGAAAUUUCGAUACCACCAGAAGAAGCUGCUGAACACCUGGAUCUUAGUAUCGAUAUUUUGUGGCACGUCUUCAGUUUCACGCUGGGGUCAUGCUAUCCCACGGCAGCAUCUAUGGACCAAGACCCUUUAGUUUGGGCAGCAGAGUAUUACAAUCUAUUUCUCACCGAGAUCUUGUUUAAAGUUAAAGACAUUUGGUUCGAUGAAACGAAUAAUAACUUGCUCAGAGCUGGAUUAAUUUAUGGAGACCUUGACUUGAGAUUAGCAAUCAAUAAUUUCAGAGCCGCAGCAAUUUCCUCGUACAUUUUGAAUGAUAUUGAGGAUCGUCAAGUCGUGCGACCACUUUAAGUAGGAUUUAAAUAAGAUCAUUGAAUUGGGAAUAUAAAGACGUUCGAUUUCGUCGUAUUUAUUAUAAGUCACACAUAAACCUAAAAUUAUCACAAAGACAUCAUUGUAUGAAUUUUAUGGAAUACU